CUAAAUAUUUUAUUACUAAGGUUGUUUUAGUCAAUACCUAAGUGAGUGCUAUUGAGAGUGAUAAGAGUGUGUUGGUAAAGAGUGGGUGUUUAUUUAAUUAACGGUAUAAACACAUUACCAAAACCCAACGUGUUGCAAUGUGACCAAGUGGCAAUGAACUGUAUUGAAAGAAUAAUAUUGGCCAGUAGUUCUAUCGAAACUAUAUAUAGCAAGAAGAAUGGUCCGUCGACAUCUGAAUGGACACCGUUGCUGGGACGCCCCAAGAACCAAUACGUGAAUCCGGCAUCUUUAUUCGUGAUACCACAGCGAUGGGUGAUGGCAAUCAUGGGUUUCCUGGCAGUGGCGAAUGCGUACACCAUGCGGGUGUGCCUCAACAUAGCAAUCACACAGAUGGUGAGGCGCCAUGCGUCCACAGCUGCCUACGAAGUUGGCUCGUGUCCUGGAGACGUAGACGAAAUUGCAGCUGAUAGUAAGGAAAUAAGUGGAUACAAUUGGGAUGAAGAAACACAAGGCAUCAUACUUAGCGCCUUUUACUACGGUUACAUUGUAACGCAUUUACCUGGUGGUAUGCUGGCGGAAAGGUUCGGUGGGAAGUACUCCCUCGGGUUCGGCGUGCUUAGCACUGCUGUUUUCACGCUGAUGACUCCAUGGGCGGUGAACAUGGGUGGUGCUACAGGACUGAUUAUACUACGAGUGCUGGAAGGUUUGGGAGAGGGUACAACAUUUCCUGCCCUAAACGCAAUGCUGGCUCGAUGGGCUCCAGUAUCGGAACGAGGACGUAUGGGAUCUUUAGUGUUCGGAGGUGCUCAAAUAGGGAACAUUGCUGGAACGUACUUCUCCGGACUAGUGAUCAAGGAGACUGGGGAAUGGCAAUCGGUGUUUUACCUCUUCGGUAGCAUCGGCAUUUUAUGGUUCAUACUAUGGGCGUUGCUGUGUUACAAUGACCCCGAAUCGCAUCCCUACAUUUCCGAUAAGGAGAAGAAGUAUUUGGAAGAGGCUCUCGGCAGGCACCAUAGCACUCAGCCUUCAGCCAUUCCUUGGAAAGCAAUUUUCAUGUCCGUUCCCUUAUGGGCUCUAGUUUGCGCACAGAUUGGACACGAUUACGGAUACUUCACGAUGGUGACAGAUCUUCCGAAAUACAUGACUGGAGUACUAAAGUUCGACAUACAUAGGACUGGAACGCUGGCUGCCUUGCCGUAUGCUGUUAUGUGGAUAAGCUCGAUCAUCUUUGGAUGGAUGUGCGACAAGAUCGUCAAAAGAAAGUGGAUGACGGUCACCAAUUCGAGGAAGACAUUUACGACUAUCGCAUCCGUCGGACCGGGCAUCUGCAUGAUUCUGGCCUCAUACUCAGGAUGUAACACGGAAGCUGUCGUGAUACUCUUCACAGCAUCCAUGGGCCUCAUGGGUGCUUUCUAUCCAGGCAUGAAAGUAAAUGCAUUGGAUCUAACCAGCAACUACGCGGGAACCAUUAUGGCAAUUGUAAAUGGUAUCGGCGCCAUCACAGGCAUAAUCGCACCAUACCUCGUUGGUUUGCUGACACCUGAUAGCACACUUACACAAUGGCGAUUGGUGUUUUGGAUUACGCUGGCCGUUUUCAUCGUGACCAACUUAGUGUUUGUCGCAUGGGCUUCUGGCGAUGAGCAGUGGUGGAACUCCUCAUCCCAAGACCCGAAGAAGCAGGAGGUCGAGGCGGCGACGAACCAGACCGUGCAAAGUGAAGUUAAAUUGUAAAGACAAUAAUAGUUGACGUCGGCAAAACACCAACGGUUAUUAGGUGAACAAGGUUGACUAACACUGUAACUGUACGAGAAUAGAAACGAUCGAAACGAUGAGGCUAUUAUCGAUAUUCAAUCGAUUUCUUAUACCAAUUCAGUGAUGUAAACCAUUACAUUACAUUACAGAAAUGUUCCGACCGCAGGAACCCAUUGCGAAACAUAUCGAACGCAAAAAAUGUUGAAACUACAACGGAUUUAAUCAAAAUUCCGAAUAGACAAGAACUAAAUAGAUUUAUCGAAAAAAAAAUGUGUUGAAAGUACAAAAAUCUGAACUUCUUUAAAAUAAUUAAUUUAUAUACCUUGGUAUUUAUACACCUGAAGUAUAUCUUUAUAUUGGCGAUUCAUUGAAUCCUCUGCCAGUGUUAUGUGAUAAUAAUAGUUUAAUAGCACAUUCUAAUGAGGUGACGACGUUUAGAAUGUUUAAUAAAAAAUAUUGAUACUUAAAGAUAUAUCUACGUACCUACAUGUAUCACGGCCCCCUCCCUCUCGGGGCUCCCUUUCGGGGCGACCUGCAGGGUGAUUACGUCACUUUCCCAUACAAUAAAUAAACAAAAGUGACGUUUGACAGCAGUGAUUGCAAGGUUUACGCCUGUCGCGAGAUACGUAAUCACCCUGCGGAUUUGAUCGCCGGCACAAACGUCGUAACUUUUCGAAGUUAUGCGCGUUUUAUAAUUGGAGCAAUUAAAUAUUACUUGUUUUAACGGUGAAGAAAAACAUAGUGAGGAAAUCGGCAUGCCUGAGCGUGAUUCGUCUACUAAUGCGCACUUAACCAGCAUGGUGGCGUGGCGGACUACCUUCAGCCUAAAACUCUUCUCAUUUUGAGAGGAGAGCUAUGCGUCUAUUUUAGCGGACUGGUAAUGAGUGGAUGAUGAUGUACAAUGUACAUAUUACCAUGUCUUUGUUCUUACAGUUAGAAUAACGAAAUGUGGUUCAAAUGAUUUAGACAGUGAAUAAGUCUUACUGUAUAGAAAAGAGCUCGACUGGAAUCACGGCUGAUGGUAAAUAAACAUAUCGCAGAGCCUGCGAAUGGAAGAAUUGUAAAAAGUAUAGCAUUAAUUAUAGUUAUAAGACUAUUCAUAAGUACAUGAAAUGAAACAAAAUCCUUCCUCUAGUUAAAUUUCACGCAGUUUUGCUAAGAGGUUUUAAUCGCACUUAUUUAUUUAAUGCCAACUGGGCACAUCUUAGUAGGGUGUAUACACAUUAGCCGUCAUAUGCCGCUACAUAGAAGCGCGGCAGCAUCAAAUUCAAAUUCAAAAA